AUGGAUUCCAUUCUGGAAAGAAUUUCGGACACACUUCAAUCGCAACAAAAGACGCUUCAAAUGCUCGUCGAAUCUCAAGGGUUACAACGGCAACUAGAGUCUUCCAAGCCAAGCCUUAAAGAAAAUUCUUCAGCCNACAACGCAACGGCUUUGUUGGGUACGUUCGAGUACAAUCCUGAGAAUGAUAUGACGUUCGCCAACUGGUUCCAUCGAAAUCAAGCAUUGCUAGAGAAAACCAUUCAGGAUCCGACGUUGCGCGUUCACAUUCUGUUAAAGUCGUUGGGCCCAUCAGAGUACAUCCGUCUGCGUGGUCGACUCUCCCCAGAGCAGCCUGAAUUUAAAUCUUACGAGGAUCUACUGGGAAUCCUCAACGAGAUUUUCGGAGCAACUAAGUCACUGUUUCAUCGUCGUCACGAUAUCCUGACUUUACGUGUGGCUCAAGGCACGUCUGCCGAGGAGAUCCUGAAUUUGGCAAAUUUGAAAGGCGAUGAGUUUGCCCUGAACGAGUUAACCCUCGAAACAUUUAAAAUCUUCCUGGUGUUACUAAUGUCGUCUGACGCCUCGUUCAAGAACCUUCGUGCCGUGAUCCUGAAGGCGAUGGAUGAAAGUCCGAAUCUUUCGCUUCAGGAAUUACGGGAGGUCAUCAACCGUUACGAAACCCGGCUAGUCGAUGUUAACAGUGGUCUCUCUAAACAAAGCUUUGAGAUCAAUCGGAUCAAUCGCAAAUCAA